AUGUCCGUCACCGUCACCAUUGCCGGAGCGGGAAUCUCGGGCCUCGUGCUAGGCCGCUGUCUGCAGCAAAGAGGAAUCAAAGCAAUCCUCUACGAAAAGAGUAAACCUCUCACGGCGACGAAUCGGAACAAUUAUGGAAUCACGCUACAAGCUACGUCUUACCGGCCUCUUUUGAGAAUUUUGGGGUUGGAGGAGGGUGCUUUUCGCAGGAAAGUCGCGGUUGACGGAGCUGUGGGAGGGACCGGGCGGGUUGUUGUUGUUGGGGGGGAGGACGACGGGGCUUUUCGUGCGAAUCGGAAUAGGUUGGAAGGCUUACUGGCGGAGGGACUGGAUGUGAGAUGGGAGAGGGAGAUUCAGGGUGUGCAGGCGUCGGCGGAGGGGGAAGGGAUGGUGGAGGUGGAGUUCAGCGAUGGGACCAAGCAUCAGACUCGGAUGCUGGUGGGUGCGGAUGGCGUGCAUUCGCAGGUCAGAAAGGCGACUGCGCCAGAAGUGGGGUUCAAGAUCUUGCCGUUUGCGGUCUAUAAUGGCAAACGCAAGAUGGGUGCGGACGCUUUCCGUUGUGAUUUGGCUCCGAGCUUUCGAGAUGGCAAUGUUCUCCAGCAGCGGGUUGGCAAUGUAUUGCUUCAAGUGUCGAUCAACGAGCGGACAGAGGACGAGGUCAGCGUCAGCUAUACAUACUCUAGGCCAGCUGCGUCGGACGAUGAUCCGCUCUAUCGGCCUCACAGAGCCAAGUCAGAAGCCAGAGAGAUGCCGGAAGUGUUAUUCUCGGAGAUUGAUGCUCUCAAAGGGCGGCUUCAGGAGCCAUACGCGGCCGUCUUCGACAGUGCUGCAAUGAAACAAGAUCGAAUGUUGCAUUGGCUCAUGAGGACGUUGCGAGUCGAGCAGCAUCGGGUGACGAAAGCAGUUCAAGAUAACAUAGUGUUGAUUGGAGAAGCUGCUCACGCUGAGCCAAUCCUUGGAGGCCGCGGAGGGAGCGAAGCGAUCGAGGACGGGAUGGAGCUUGCAUUGAUGCUAGCAGAACAUGGAAAGAACGGCCUCGGAAAAUUCUUGUCGAAUCGAAAGGCUUUCUGGGACCAGGGCAUCCAAGAGAGUGAAGUCGGGAUUGCCGAGAUGCAUGGGACUUCCCGGUCAAGCCUAUGA